AUGGAAGCGUUUAUUGAAGGCGUACGAUUACAACCUUGCUUGUGGAACCCUCUACAUCCAGAUUAUCGUGAGAUGCACACAAAAGACGAAGCCUGGCAACGAGUUGUUGAUCAUUAUAACAAUGUCUCGAUUCCUAACAUACAAGUAGCGAAAAUUGAAUGGAAAAAGUUGCGUGACAAUCACCGGGACGCUCUUAAAAGAGCUAAGCUGGGCAAGAAUAAAUUAUUACCGGCGCAAAUAACGACUUGGAAGUAUGCUAAAGUAAUGCAAUUUCUUGAACCACACAUGAAGUACCGAAUAACAGAGAAUAUAGAAAUUGAUCCACUUUCAACUGGUCAAACAAAAAGUUCAGAACAAGAUGUCACUACAACCGAAAACGCUGAGAGUGUAAUGACGAAUACAUUAAGAAAUCGCUGUGAAUGUAAAACUGAAUCCAAACAAGACUCAGAUGCCCUUGAAUCAUUUUUCAACUGCAUGUUACAGAGUACUAAAACGAUGCCGCAUUGGAUGCAAACACAAGUAAAAAAAAAGAUAUUUGCUGUUAUUAUAAACGCCGAAGAACAGCUUUCAGGACAAAGCCAAGAUCCGGAACAAACAAAAGACAAACAGAAUACUUUCGACGAACCACCGGAGAAGAAAAUCAAAACCGAAAUAUACAUGGAUGACAACUAUGAUAAUGAAUACUCAUAA